AUGAGCUUUGCAUUGCUCCUCCUGGGGAACUUAUGCUUCGUUGUUGAGACUGCUCUUGUUUUAUGGACGAUCAUCAAGCCGACAACUGAUGAAAAAACUUGCCGUCUUCAGGAGAAACUGACAAAUACGAUGAUGGCAGUGGCGUUUUACCCAAUUUAUCUUUUUCUUUGGAGCCGGCAGCUGUCAAUUUACAGGGAUCGUCGACUUGCAUCCGCUCUGCCCGUUUGGCUUCGCGCAUUCUCCAAGUUUACCCUGUUUAUGAUUGUCAGUACACUCACGGGCUUUGUUGUGAUUCUCGGCUCCACGCUUGCUGAUCCGAAGAAAAUCGACUUCAAAGAUGGCUACUGUAUCAAAGUUGAUGAUACUUGGAGCGUCGCUGCUGCUAUUGGAACGAUGGUGAUAAUACAGAGCCUUUUGCUGUUCCUGUUCUGGUACCCAAUUAUGACAGCUCUUUCGACGGGCCACUCGAGUCUCGGACAGUACGUUCGACGCUGCGCCAUUCUAACUUUGAUCAAUUCGCUUUCGGAUGUCACUACUUUGGCGUUUAUGCUCGUCUUCAUGAACACCGCUCCAGUGCCGCUCCUUGCCGUCGUCUAUCCUAUCAACUUGAUGGUGAACUGCUGCUGCUGCAUUUUCUCCUACCGAGGUGGUUCCAUACCUGGUAAAAGCUUAGCGAAAGUUCAUGAGAAAAAUGAUCAGCCCAGUUGUCAGUCGUCCAAAACCCACCACUCUUGUUGGAUCCUUUACAACAUCCUGAGAAUUCUAACAUGGGUUCUUCUCGGCAAUAUUUGUUUGAUUAUUUUUCAUCAUAUUGUCGACCCGCCAGCAUGUGGAGUGUAUUUCUACCGAUUGCUACCAGCGUUUGACGCAUUUUAUCUACUUGUCGCGAUAUUUGGACUUGUGGCAAUGAAAGUUGACCAACAGAGCACGUACUCUUUUUUCCGGACAGCGGUUUUAACCCAAGCCCUCAUAUUUGUCGCCAAUCUACUCAUCUCAAUGACGAUACAGUCCAUCACCAGCAUCGACAAAUCUUUACUUUUAAACUCAACAAGGUCGGACCACAAGCACGAUCUUGGCUCGUACAUUGACGUGACCUGUAAUUGCACAUCGAAAGAUAUUCUCUCUCCCGACUGUACUGUCUUUUGGGAUGGAUUGCUCCAUGAUUUGGUCUUUGAGCUCGUCGGGAUUAUUGCAUCGCUUUUGGCUGCCAUUUUCGCGACACUGGCGGCAGAGAAUGCUUUCGAAAAGAUGGAAAAAAUAAGAAGAGCAAAGUUGAAACGAUCUUCAAGUUUACGUGUCAUAUCAAACAAUAAAAUAGACAGAAUUUGA